AUGAUGGACAUGUUCAAAAAGCAAUAUUCCACCAACCGAUACGAGGAGGUUACUGCGGCCGAGCUAGUCAAUCUCAGACAGGGGAAAGACGAAACUCUCAGAGCCUUCAUGCAUCGAUACAAUCACGCCGCUCGGAGGAUAAAAGGUGUCAGCCUUGAAUUCAUCAUUAGUAGUUUGCCCAAUUGCCUAAAAGCGGGAUUCGUCUCAGAAAGCUUAUACGCCGAGUUACCUAGUACGUUGGAGGAGUUGCAGCAAAAAAUGGCUAAAUUUAUCAAGAUGGAAUACCAGAGGAUCUUUCGGAAACAACAACACGAGGAGCACCCGGUGAAUGGUAACAAGAAGGAGGGGAAACGUCGGAGUGAGAACGCCCGGGAUCAGAAACCCCCGGCGAAUCUCAACCCUAGGUACGACCGCUAUGCGCACCUCACUGUCCCUAGAGAAAAGGUAUGCCGAUUCCAUAAUUCAGGGGGACAUACCACUGAAAGCUGCCAAACUCUCAAAGAUGAAUUGGAAAAGCUGAUCCAUGCUGGACACCUCCGGGAAUUCGUGAAAGAAGAAUCUGCCCGUGCAGGACACUCCCCCAAAAAGACACGAAGAAGCCCAGAACGUACAAAUGGGAAGGGUGGCCACUCACGCAACCGUUCUCGUAGUCCCUCAAGACAUAUAUCCCGUAGUCGGCCUAGAGAGCGAGAUCUCACAGUAAAAGGCAGGAUCGAUACUAUUUCGGGCGGUUUUGCUGGAGGAGGUGCUUCAUCCUCAGCUCGAAAGAGACAUUUGAGAAGUCUGCACAGCGUUCGCUCGGUGGUACGCAAUCCAGUGUCAAUGCCUGAUAUAACCUUCACGGACAGGAAUUUUCAUGCACCAGAUCCUGACUAA